AUGAAGCCAUCCUACCCGACGGUCACCACGCCCACCUCCGCAUCCUACGCAAUGCCGGCGUCCACGCCGAUGAAUCCGUCCUCGAUGUUUCCUUCUCUGGCGGACGCGAACGGUGGCGGUGGCGUCGCCGGAGGUGGCGUCGGCGGGGGCGGUGCUGCGGGAGGCGGCGUCGGUGGAGGUGGCGUCGGCGGUGGCGGUGCUGUCGGCGGUGGCGGUGGAGGUGCCGUCGGCGGUGGUGCAGGAGGCGGUGUCGGUGGCGGUGGCAUCGGCGGAGGUGGCGGCGGCGGCGGGACGUGGUGCGUGGCGAGCCAGAGCGCGAGCGCGUCCGCGCUGCAGGUGGCGCUGGACUACGCGUGCGGCUACAGUGGCGUGGACUGCUCGGCGAUCCAGACAGGCGGGAGCUGCUUCAACCCGGACACCAUCCACGAUCAUGCGUCCUACGCCUUCAACAGCUACUACCAGAAGAACCCUCUCCCCACCAGCUGCGACUUCGGCGGCACGGCCACCGUCACCACCACUGAUCCCAGUUCAGGGUCUUGCCAGUAUCCAGCUUCAAGCGGCGGCGCUCAGGGAAACAUGAUGCCCCCGCCUUCACCGACCACUCUGACGCCGAUGAGUCCGUUCCCGAUGACCCCAACGACGCCGAUGAGUCCGUUCCCGAUGACGCCAAUGACGCCGGACACCGGUACCACCGGAACGCCUACGUUUGGAAUGAGUCCACCAGACUUUGGGUCGUCGUCCCCUCCUGGCUCUGGCUUAGGAUCAGAUUCACCACCGGAUUACAACGACGUCGGCGCCGCCCCACCCACGGCGAUGGGCAGGGCGGCGUUGGCCCUCGUAUCCAUCCUUGCCGCCACGAUAUAUUUGAGCAUGGCCACAUGAAGAAUACGCGCAUUUAAAGAUAUAUAUUUCCAGAUGGCAAUCCUAUGCAGCAGUCCAAGAAGUUCAAGAAUGCAGAGAGGUGCUCGCCGCAGGAUGCUGCCAUAUGAGCGCAAACUUGCACCGCAAAACCUCCCUGCAGCAACACUUUGCAAAGCAGAGGUGCCCCAUUUGUUUAGUAUCGUCAGAAAUCAGAAGCAUAUGCUGAUGCAGCUUCUAGCCCCGCCCUAGUUCUAGUGGGGGCAGCAGAUGUUUAUAUUGCCGAUUAUACUUCUACUGUACUUAGAAAUUUAUUGGGAAGUUU